UGCCUCGGACCUUGCCCCUCUUCGUGUGGACUCUGCUACACCCAAGGUACCUUACCCCCGGGACCAGCACACUCAGCUAAGCCUUUUAUUUCUUUUUAUUAUAAAUUUCUUUGGCAGCCGGCCAUGAGCCAGAGAAGAACAAGCCACUCACACCAGGAGAACAAGUUAACACUUCUGGUAAGUAGACCAUUGCAUACUGCUAGUUGGGAAGGAAUGUUGCUGGUGGUGUAGUCUUGUAAAUGUGGAUGCCAGUUUGGGCAUGAUUCAGCAACUUUUAAGCAAUUUCUGCAAUGUGAGUUCUUUAAAGUCACUCAGCGCUACUUCCUGAUAUCCUUUAACUCAAGGGAAGCUGCUGAGUUCAUCCAUCCUUGGCCAUUGGACAGUGGUUUGUGUUGAUAGGAGUUGGAGUCCAACCAAUCUGGAGGGCCAUGGAUGCCCCAUCCCCGCUUCAACUGGAGCUGCUGGUGAAUGAAUUUAGGACGUGAGAAUUCAAGGCAUUUGCUCACCCACUGAUUGAUGGGCCCCCAACUUUAAUAAUAAGACUAGCACUUAUAAUUCAUUCAUAUAUUUAUUGCAGAUCCAUUUUGUAUAUUCUCAUCACCAUUGCUCAGUGAUUUAAGUGCAGACAGGUUACGUAAAAAAGAAAUGAAAUAAGCAUUAUUUUAAAAAAUAAUCACAAUUGCUUAUAAAGAAAUACAGGAUGCAGCUGUGUGAUUUACUAAGUCAAUAAUAAAACAUACACAGAAGAAAACAAUGAAUGGUCUGGUCUAAAUCAAAUCAAAACAAUUACAUUCCCCCCCCCCAAAAAAAAAGAAGAUAAAAAGUAACCUUAAACUGUACUAAAUCCAGACAUUCACAUAGACCUGCUGGACUUGACGCUCCUGAGCUGCUGUGUUUGUAUAUGAAAUGAAAUCAAACCAAAUGGGGAAUAAGAUCUUGGGCUCAUUGGAUCCUGAACACUUUCAAGAUUCUUUCAAGAUUUUCUGCUCUUUCUUAUAGUUCCCAAUGUGGCUCUUGAAGGGAAAGCAUUUCAGUCCAGUAUCUACAAUGACCUUGGAAACCCUGAGAAUGCCAUCGAUGGGCAUAUAAUUAGUGACUAUAUGCGUGGCAGCUGCACACACACAGAACUAGAAUUUAAUCCAUGGUGGACAGUGGAUUUGGGAGCAGAGUUUCGUGUGUCCAGGGUUAGCAUCACCAAUCGAGGAGACUGCUGUGCGAGGCGGAUAAAUGGGGCUGAAAUCCGAAUUGGAAGCUCACCAGUAAAAGGAGGAAUCACAAAUCCAUGGUACGGUAACAGAGUGAUGUUAUUGAUGGGAUCAUACCUGACUUUUCUUCCUUAAGAUCCUAAGAAGAGCCCUGCUAGAUCAGACGAAGGCCAAGAUCGAAUAGUCUAGCACCUUGUGUUCUGUAGUAGCCAACCACAUGCCUGCUGGGACCCCAUAUAUAGAACAUGAGGACAACAGCCCUCUUCAGCCAUUGACCCUAGUAACUGAUAUUCAGAGACAUGUUGCCUCUCACCUAUCCUGCAGUAUGACUUCUGGUUAAUACUGACACACAAACUGGUUUCCAUUCAAGGUGUGCGACAAUCAGGUCAUUGGCCCCAGGGGCAACAGCCAUUUUUGACUGUGGAGAAUUGCAAGGACGUUAUGUGACUAUCACCAUCCCAGGCAUUCGUAUCCUCUCACUGUGUGAAGUUGAAGUGUUUGGUGAAAAGCUACCUUCCUCAGGUAAGUGCGGAGGUUUCCUUGUCAUGUUGUGGUUUGGUGGGCUGCUGACCGAUGUUGUCCUUGAAAAGAAAUGGAGGGGAGAUGUCUAGGUUAGGAAGUCUUUAAUGGCAAGGGAACCUCUGGAGAAGGAAGCCAUCUCUUCUAUGAGAUGCUUCAUGUCACAUGUGCUUCUUUGUCUUUUAAUAACUGCAGUAUCAAGUGAUGAUGUACACCAGAGGCGGGAAAUUUUAGCCCAUAGGCCUAUAUAGGCUUGCUAGGCCUCCCUGUUUUGGCCAGGGGACUAUAUCAGGAAAGCCAUGCUCACUUGCCCUACAACAGACAACAUAUAUGAAAUAUACUCAGAGUCGCAAAGUGAUUUCAUGCUCUUUAUUCAGCUCAUAGUGGUGAGGAGGAAUGAAUGAAUGUCCCCUCCAAGUAUCUGCUUUAUAUACAUUAUUUACACAAUGGGCUGCACAUGAUUGGCUAAUUCCGGAUUCUACUGUAAGCCAAUCAGGUUGUGGAUUCACUUCUAUCUGGAGCAUGAUUGGGUAGUUCCUGCCAACCAAUCAUACUGCUGCAUUGUUCUAGGACCAAUCAGACUGCUGCAUUCUGAAUCCUAUUGUUCUAGGACCAAUCAGACUGCUGCCUUUUGGAUCCUAUUGUUCUAGGACCAAUCAGACUGCUGCAGUUUGGAUCCUAUUCAACUUAGUACAUAACAAUAUAGAUGACUUUAACAUCCGCCUGAAAAAAAUGCUGAUGCCCUGAGGGUAAAGCUGUGCCUGUAAACCUCUACCCUGGUCCCCUAGAGGCAUGGAAGCUUUACCAGUAGAAAGCUGGCAACUUUAGUUAGUAGAAGGCUCAGAGUUCGAUUGUUGACUCAGUCUAGAAUGUUUACACCUGUUCUUCCCUUUUCCCAUACCCAUUAUAUUCAUUGAUAUUCCUGUGGGACACUGACAAAAUUCUUCUCAAGUUCUGUGCUAUUUGGGGGUUUGUGAUACCAGGGAUCCCCAUCAACCAAGUAUACUUGGGGUUGUUGUUUUCUAAGUAAGGUUUGGCAUGGCUCAGAUAUUUUCAUCACAUAGGAAGUGUUGCUUUGACACUCAAUAUAUGUUUUGACUAGGAGAUGAAAAAGAGACCUCAUCUGGAACUACGCAAGAAGCAGAAGGUCAGUAAAUGCUCCUCACAUUCAUGUGUUCCAAAAGCCUAAAACAUUAUAUACAAGACAUGAACAACCAGUAUUUAUUUAGCUGAUUAGUUUGAAUCAAUAUGGUAAAUUUGGUCUUCUUCACCUCACCAAACACUUCCAGCAACUCUACACUUGUCCCUCUUGUUCCUAAGCCGCUAUAAGGCGGCUCAUUUCAACUUUCAGGACACAGCCCUCCUUCCCACCCAGGAAUCCUUAAGGCAGUGACCUGGGACCUUUCAGAUCUUAUUGGACUCCAACUCCCAUCAGCCCCCACCUGCAUGGCCAAUGGCCAGGCAUGAUGGGAGUUGAAGUUCAUUUUUUCUUGGAACUAACUUUGCUUCUUGGAGCUGGAUUCACACUAAACUCAUUCAGACUUGCUACCUGUUAUGUUUUUUGGAAAUACAACGAAGCACCCAGAAUGAAAUCUUUCUCAUAUAUUGCUAAUCUUUUACUUACAUUGAUUUCUUCCACUAGUUUUUUCACCAAUUGAACAAUGGGAAAAGCCAAGAGAACCCAAACAGCCAUGGGAAGAAGCAAAAGAGAACUGGCAACCCUAUACAACGGGUAAGCUGACCCUUUUACUGAAGAUGGGUGUGAACUAUCAAACCUGGUGGUAUAUGUAUUUUUCUUAUGGAUUGCAUAGGAAACCUACCCAAGAGUUCCUGUAUGCUCACACAGAGGACACUUGAUUUAUAAGUGCCAAUGUUAAAAUACUACUCUUGAUAUCAUAAACCACUCUUCCCUAAGUACAUCCUAUCAAGCAGUCCCUACAACUGUGGAUGGGAACAUGAGAUUUGGGAAGAAUAAAGUAAAAGCCCUCUUGUGGAUGGAGGUGCUCAAAUACACAUACAGAAACAAGGACUCAUGUAUGCAUGAAUGCAAUGUCCUGGUGUGCACAGAACCCCCAAAUGUUAAUUAUUCAUUCCACUAAUAUUUGAGAGCCUACUUUGCAAGUUCCUUUUCCUUCUGGAUAGUUUUGCUAAGCUGUUUAUUAGUGGAAACACCUCUCUUCCAUUGGUUUUUUCUUUUCUUGUAGUCUACAAUGCCGCUCUUGAAGGAAAGGCAUUCCAGUCCAGCAUCUUCGAUGAUCUGGGAUCUGCUGAGCAUGCCAAUGAUGGCUCUACCUCUGCUGACUAUUUGCGUGGACACUGCACUCACACCCAAGAAGAAGCUAAUCCGUGGUGGACAGUGGACCUUAGGGAAAGAUUUGAUGUGUCCAGUGUAGUGAUCACCAAUCGAGGGGACUGUUGUGCGGAAAGGAUAAAUGGCGCUGAAAUUCGAGUUGGGGACUCGGAUGAUGAAGGAGGCAUCAGAAAUCCCAGGU